AUGGCGGGCUACCUAGGAUUUCGCGAAUGUCCUGCGUUCCAGAGACUGCUGCAGCGGGUGUCUGCAACGGAGCACAACCCUCAGGCUGUAUUCGUCGAUGGGAACGGAAUUUUGCACCCUCGCCGGUGCGGGUCGGCGUCGCACCUCGGCGUCGUUUCUGGAUAUCCCACCAUCGGCAUCGCAAAGAAUCUUCUCCACGUGGACGGUCUAGAUGAGCGCGCAGUGCGAACGGCGGUGAAAAACAGGAUUGAUACUCAUGGCAGCAGUACGUCGCCGAGCGAGAUGAAUGUGCCAUUGAUCGGCCGAAGUGGGCAGGUACUCGGAGCCGCAAUGUACGGCCACGGAGCAAGUGUGUCCCAGCCUGUGUCACAGGAUAUCUCUGGAAUCAGGUCUCUACUUGGCCCGGCGCUGCAGCAGAUAUCGCAUACCUGA